AUGUCGUUGGCCAAGAGGAACGAUGGUUGCUACGAGUGUCGUAUGCGGCGCGUCCGCUGCGACAAGACGGAACCUGAAUGCUUCAAAUGUCAGAAGAAGGGUAUUAAAUGUUCUGGCCAGGGAAUUGAGUGUCGCUUCAGUAAGCACAUGAAAAGAAAGCAGGCUGCGAAUUCAGCCUCUACCAUACUGGCCGGUGGUACUGGUGCCAGUACAUCGUCAAAACCGACGAAACGCUUCCAGUUUGUAAACGUGGAAAACGGGCAAGAUGGAACAUUUUCCACAACACCUGCCCAAGAAACGGCUGCGUCUUACCCCGAACCAUCAAGCUCAACGAGCUUAGUGUUGGCAUCUCGUCGGAGAGGGCCAGAGUUGGUCAGGGACAGGCAAGGCAAACCACCUCAGAGUCAGAGGGGGGUUGUGUCCUUCUCGUCGCCCCAUGCGGCCAUGGAAAUAGUGCCUCCAAAGUCCAGGAUGCUCUUUGAUCAUUUCUCAAACUUCAUUGCCUCUAAAAUGGUAGUCCUCGACUUCAAUGGAAACGGCUACCGCCAAAUAGUGCUGCCCAUGGCAGUGCAGGAUGACCUGGUCGGACAAGCGGUAUCCGUCAUUGCUGCAUUUCAUUUGUCCCAAAAAGUGCCCUCUAUGCACAUGGCAGCUGAGAAGGGGCAAGAACUCAUCUUGUCACGGUUACGGCACCAGUCCCUCAACCUCGAACCCCAAAACCUGUUCAGCAUGUCAACCUGGGUGACCAUACUGGUUCUUUUAGUUGGCGACACAAUUACUGGCUCCAACAACUACGUCUAUUUACUUCAGCUACUCUCACGCCUAGCGCAGUUAGCCGUCAAGGAGCCAACCCUCUCUGAGGCGACAAAAGCGUUCAUACUGGAACAGACCAAAAUGUUCCAACUUUUCGGGUUUCCCUUAUCAAGCCAGAGCAAGGGCGUCGAAACACUGACCGUAUCACCCGACCAUUAUCUGGACUUCAUGACAUCUCACCCUUCGCUUGCAAUGGAUCCAGAACCCUAUGCAAACGUCAUGAUUAUGAAGGAUAUCAUUCGACAGGCAUGCUACAUUUACAGAAGUCGUGCUUCACACGAGGCCACACGCGAAUCGUCCAUUGAAGCAGUUGAGAAGCUUCGCCAGACUGUCAUUGACAUGGACCCAAAUGUUGAAGGUCGCCACGCGCUUGUAUGGGCGUACUUUGUGGCGUCGGCCGAGAGUAUUCUGCCGGAGCACCGCGACUUUUUCUACAAUCGUUUAAAGGGACUCUUUGAGUGCACAGGGUUUGGUAGCAUUCCGCUUGCCCUGCAGACCUUGGACUACAUAUGGUCGAAACAAGACUCGACAAAUUGGACAGAGAUUGUGACGCACGAGCGGCAGAUUUUGAUCAUGUAA